UCAAAUUUGUAAUGUCUUUUUAUUAAUUUUUAUUUAUUAUUUAUGUCUGUGUAUCAAAUUCUAUAAUAAUAUAUAUGAUAAGGGUACCAUUAGAUUCGAUUAGAUCUCUACUUCGUGUGAUAUUGAAAUAAUAUUGUGUUUAGGGUAAACAUAAUAUUAAAGCUUACAGUAAACAUUGCAUACUUAGAAGAUAUAAUGACGCUUUUAUUAAAAAGCGUGUGGAGGAAUGUCCUCAGAGGCAACACUCUGAGUAAAACUAUGCGAGGGUCCAGGAACCUGACAUCCAGUUCGAUGCAUGUCAUGAAAUCACGGGAUGAUGGUCCAGUGACGGCUGAGUUGCCCCGGGCGCGGUCCCCAGACGCCGUGAUGAAGAGCCUCAAGUCAGCGCCCAGCGCAGCCGAGAUUCUGGCCGCUGUGCAGUCCAACAUGGCUGUCAUGAACCACAAGCACAUGCUGCAAGCACUUCGCUGCUUGUUUGAACUUCAGAAGGCUGGCAAUCUUGAUCAAGACACUGAUAAGCUAGUAAAGAAUCCAACAUUCAGCACUCUAUGUCAGAACUUCAAGAAGCACGCGCGCGAGCUCCACGUAAACGAGGCCAUCGAAGCCACGAAGGUGCUCUCGUUCCUGAACGUGCCCGCGGACUCCGUGAUCGUGCAGACCAUGCUGCAGCUCAUCAAGUGCAACAUCAACCUGCUCGGCCUGCGGCAAAUCAUGUUCCUAGAUUUCUUAAUCUCAAAGUUUGAUCAAAAGAACCAUUUAAUCGAUGCAUUCAAACUCGCGCUGCCGCUAGCUUUCCAAAUACAUUUGCCGAGUGAGCUCGACAAUCAGGACCUCCCGCUGCUGAAGGACAUGCUGGCGUUCUGCUCUACACACGACCUUCCGGACCGGUACACUAACGAAGUCGUGACAGGCUUGUUGCUCCACGACCAGGUCAUAGACGCGCAGGUUGCCAAGUCUAUCAUAUGGUCUCUGUGCCAGGUCAACUGCACAGAGGAAAGGUAUCCGACCCGCGUGCAGCUGCUCCACAUUUGCUAUGACAUACUGGCGCAGAACAUAGAGCACCUAUCGUACGACGAAGUGCUCAUGACAGCAGCCAGGAUCAAAGGCAGGAUCCUGGAGAAACAUCCGGAGUACUACCACGAGCAGCUAAUGGACGCCAUUUCUAACUACGUGGUUGCCAGUGAAGUGAGCUUCGAUAAAGGGUUGCUGGUUGCCAGGAUUAUGUCCAGAAUCUCACACACAAAUUUAGGGCUCAUAGAAUACCUAUGCAAGACAGCAGCGCUGAACCCCGGCACAUUGUCCAAGGCCCGCAGCAAUAUCUUGUUCGGCUUCAUCAACUGCCUCUCCAACAACAACUACACUCCCGAAGCAGAGCAGUGGCAGGAGCUCAAGGGUCAGAUCGAACAGAACCCAGUGUUCGUGGGCAAGAGCACGACUCUACCGUGGACCAAGAUCUGUCUGGAACUGGCUUCACUAGGGUACUAUGACGACAAAGUACUCGAAAAGGUGUUCUCUCCAGAAAAUCUGGCAACAUUCAAAGACAAAGAGAGCAAUACAUUAGAUUAUCUUCAACUGCUCACAUUAUACGAGGCUGUGAAGGAGUUCUAUGAUGACCAGUACGAGCUGCCCGACGAGCUGCUGGAGAAGGCCAAGUCCAUGUACCCCAUAAACAAGAAGACUGAGCUGCUGGAGGAGCACCUGGCGCAGGGCCUGGGGGGGCUGGAGUACAUCGCCAGGAACGUCGUGCUACCGAAUGGGUUCAUAGCCGAUUGUCUGAUAUGCCUAAAGGGAGGAUAUCCAGUCAAGUUACAAGUUGCCACAGGUGACUUGAGGGUGCCCAUUGAAUACUUAAACGUCCCUACAGGCAGCGUUGUUGUGUGCGUCCUCAACUUCCAAGCGGGUUGCUUCUCGAUGAACAGCAACCGGCUGCGCGGCACGUUCCGGCUGGUGCUGGACAUCCUGGAGAAGCAGGGCUACGCGGCCGUGGCCGUCAACACGGCGGAGUGGCUAGCCGCGCCCGCGCACGAGCGCACGCCCUACCUCAUGCGCGAGGUCGGCUACAAGUGCGGGGAGAUCGGCAUGCGUCUGUCGGCCACCUGAGCCCCAUGCCGGGGAUAUGAUAUGCUGUGCUCACAUCCGGACGGGGGUCAUCAGAAAAAUUCAAUGUGAUAAUAAAUUACGUCUGUUUCUGAUU